AUGAGAGAGAUAGAAAGGAAAAGUUAUUGGAUGGUAGGUAUUGAAAGUUUAGCAUUUUCAAACAAUGUGCCUACUGAUUACUUUGUUUGGCAGAAUGCUACCAAGUGUCUUAUCAGAGUUUUCCAGCAGAUUGGCCCAGAUUCAACUGCAUUGUAUGUUCUGCCAAAACUAAAGGAGUUAUUCGACGAGUUUGCUUUUUCUCAGAAGAACACAUAUUCUGUUAAUUUGACUGGGAACAUGUCAGGGUCUAAAGUGAAAGUGGGUGAGGAAGAUUGCAUUGAAAACCGAAUGGACUUGGUGUUACUUUUAUAUCCUCAAUUUGCUUCUCUACUUGGAAUAGAGAGACUCCGCCAGUGCUGUGCUACAUGGUUGCUCAUUGAGCAGUUCCUUUUACGACAUCAUAAUUGGAGGUGGGAAUGUGCAGGGGAUUCCUAUCGAAGUGUUCCAGAUAUCCCAAGUGGUAGAAGACUCUCUCAGAAGGGCUCAGCAUCUGAAAAUACAUCUGCUAAACUCUUACUCAAUGGGGUUGGAUGGUCAAGACCACAAUCACAUGGUAAAAAGAGUACCAAAACCAUCACACCGAGUAAAAGUAUGUAUGAGUUGUACCAGAAUCCGGCUGAGACGAUUGGAACAACUUCAAGUUUAGGAGUGCAGGAACCUUGGUAUUGGUUUCCUAGUCCUGCAUCUAAUUGGAAUGGGCUUGAUUUUGCAACUCGUGCUGGAGGUCUGAAGGUUGAACUUCCAUGGAAAAUCAGAGCAUCUAUCGUACAAUCUGUUCGUGCACAUCAUGGAGCUCUGAGAUCUUUUGUUGUUUGUCAGAAUGAGUAUAAUGUUUUCACAGUAGGAGUUGGGCCAGGAUUCAAGGGAAAUAUUCAGAAGUGGGAUUUGUCAAGGGUGGACUGCAUGUCAAGCUAUAAUGGUCAUGAUGAGGUUGUAAAUGACAUUUUUGAUUUGGCAUCCUCUGGACGUGUAGCUUCUUGUGAUGGAAUAGUGCAUAUAUGGAAUGGACAGACUGGAAGACUGAUUUCCAUGUUCUCUGAACGGUCUUUGGCAUCCUCGACACAAUUGGCAGAAAGAUAUGAAGAUAACAUGCUUCAUUUUAAUCCAUUACCAAUGCUAAGUAGUGCUUUUCACGGGAAUUCUUACACUACUAUGGACUUUCUGGGGUUCUGUGAUAGACUUAUUGUGGGUACUGGAAAUGGAUCUCUAAGAUUCAUUGAUGUCAAUCAAGGUCAGAAACUUCAUCUAUGGAGGAGUGAAUCUGUUGAUUCUGGUUUCCCUCCCCUUAUAUCAUCCAUUUGCUCGUCUAGCUCUAAUAGAAUGUCUCCCGAGGAAAGUAUGGCAUUUUCGUCGUGGAUUGCGGCUGCGUCCAGCACUGGGCAAUGUAGGUUGUUUGACUUGAGAAGUGGAAAGAUUAUUUCUUCAUGGCAGGCUCAUGAUGGAUAUGUGACAGAGGUAUGGACUGGUAUGAGUAUCCAAAUGCUUAAAAGAUAAUAGUGUUUUGACAUGAG